AAAAGUCUACUGGGUUACCAAGUUUACAAUUUAAAGCAGUAAAAUGCCCACUAAUAUCAAUGGCUAUGGGUCUUGUGGUAGGACAAUAUUUGCACGUUUUUCUGCCAGUAUUUUGCUCUCAUCAGACAUAAUAACGAUAUGCACACAAAAGAUAAUACAAUUCUCUGUUCAGAAUGUGGACGAAAUUUUCAAAGAAGGGAUAAUUUUUUAGCUCACCUUGCAAAACACGAUAACAAUAAAACUAAAAUAAAAUGCGGUAGCUGCGAAAAGGUUUUUGCAAAUAACAGUAACAGAAAACGACACGAAGAAAACUGCAUCCAAAAGAUGCCUGAGAAAUGCAAGAUUUGUAAAAAAGUAUGCACGAGCAGGAGAAUGAGAAAACAACAUGAGUUAGAUGUGCACAGCAAAAGAAGGGAUUACAUUUGUACAUGCCAUGCAAAAUUCAAACAAAGAAGAAAUCUUCUUGCGCAUUGUAAAAAAGAGGACAAGCAUGUAGGCCUAUAGACCAGGAAAACGACAAGUGACUUCAACAUGUAGACUAUCACUAAAGGGCAUGUUAUUGUAUAUGUUUCUCAUUUUAGUGUUCCUGUUUUAUUUUUUCUCAUGACAUUUCAAUGUUACAUCGUAUUUGCAAUAUUUUUGAAUAAAAUAUUUUCUGUCUUGAGUUAUUGUUUCUCUGCUAAUAGAAAUCAUAUAGUAUACGAUAUAUAUACCGAUACUGUAAACCUUGAAAGUACUGUUGACUGAGAAUAAUCGAAUACUAGUAAUACGUGAAGAAAUAUUUGAUAAGUUGAUCAAGAUAUCAUAUUUCACGAAAAAAAACCAUAUAAUACGAUUUAGAUUUUUUCAAUUUCUUUUUAUGUCACCACCAAAAAGUGGUGACAUAUUGUUAUGGUCUCCGUUUUUUUGCGACGGCGGUUGGUGGUUGGCGUCCGGCGUCCGGCGUCUGGCGUCCGGCGUCUGUAACAAUUUCUUACAACUUCCUAUAACUUAACAAAUACUGUUUAGACUGACUUCAAUUUUUUUCUAAAUCAUCUACAUCUUCUCAGAAGUUCAAAUCUGACUUUAGAUUUGACAUUUGACCUUCAAUGACCUUCUCAAGGUCAAAAAGGUCUUUUUUCAACUUGCUUCACAUUGACUAAAUUUUUUUUCAAAAUCAUCUACAUGUUCUCAGAAAUUCAAAUCUGACUAGAUUUGACAUUUG